CACGCUCUCGGAUUCUACCAUGAGCAGGGCCGUUACGAUCGUGAUAGCUACGUAUCCAUAGUUUCGCAAAAUAUUCAGAACGGCUAUCUCAGCCAGUUUACCAAACAAGCCAGGUCAACGAUGGAAGAUUAUGGUGUUGGAUUCGACUAUGGCUCAGUAAUGCACUACGAUCAAUUUAGCUUUAGCUCCAAUGGUCGCUACACUAUUCAAACACUCGACACAAACUACCAGCAAACCAUCGGUCAACGCGAAGGACCCUCGUUUAUGGAUGUGAAAAGGAUCAACUUGGCCUACUGCAAUGAGACGUGUGCUGCAACUCUUCCUUGCCUAAACGGUGGCUACACCGAUCCAAAGAACUGCGGAGCCUGUCGUUGCCCUUCUGGACUUGGUGGAACUCUUUGCGACCGCGCAGCUGUAAAUCCUGCCCAAUGUGGAUCUGGAGACCUUGUAGCCGACGCUUCACUUAAGACACUCACUGUCAGCGGGGCUGUCAUUUGCUCUUUUGUUAUAACGGUAGCCAUCACGAAUUCUUACAAUCUGCAGAUGAUCAUCUUGAAUUCAUUUAAGGCUCCUCUUGGUCGACGUGUUUACUUUGAAGUGUCAUCCUUUAAGUUUACGGCUGCUAAUCUUUGCACUUACAAUUUCCUUGAAAUCAAAUACGCUGCAGAUCUUCAGAGAGCAGGAGCGAGGUGA